CGCCACUUUUGCUCCCUCCCCCCGCCCGCACCAAGAUUUCGCCGGCCAAUUCGAAAGUUGUACCUCCCACGGUGUGACAACAAACGCCGCCACCUUUCAUCCGACGGACUCCCCUAUUGCAACCGGUUUCCCAUCCGACCGCGCCUCAAAGUUCGCGGACCACGACGACGUGAAAGAGAGAAAUAAUAACCACUACUGCUGGACAACGCGUGAAAAUAGGCCUACACCCCUCCUACACAAAAAUGCCGCCGAAAAAACAAGACGCCGCGAGCAGUAGUCUUUCCGGUGCUACUGCAGCAACGGCUAUGAAAGUUCUUCCGUCUUCCACUUCCAAGCAGGACAAAGCGACCACCAGCAAAGCGGACAAAGAACCCGAGCCGUCGAAGAAACGGAAAGCAAGCGACAAUCACAAUUCCAACGCCGAAGAGGGUUCAGCAGCCGGGGGUGAGAAUAAUAAAGGCGGGAACAAGAAGAAGUUGAAACGAGCCGAAGAUCAGCUUAAAAACGCCAAUGGCGAUGAUGGUCGUGGUCCUGCCGCAUCCAGCAAAAACAACAAGACAGGCACGGCUGCCUCGUCCGCUGCUCCUCCUGACAGUGCCAAAAAAACGCCGGCUUCUUCCUCGAAAUCUUCAGUAGCUUCUUCGACUAUUAAGAGCGGGAAAGUAGACUUGUUGCAGAAAGGGACGACGUCCAGUAGGAAAAAAUCGAACUCUAGUAACGCGGGUGGGGUCCGCCAGUCUGUUGUUUCCUCCCGAUCCUCCGAGGGGACGAGCAGUAGUAGGUUUUUCACGCCCGGAGGGGUUGAUGGUCCUGCAUCUUCAGGAGCAGCCGGGUUGAAAACUAAAGCGAAAGGGAGCAAUAGGGCGAAAAGCGCGAAUCUCGACGACUCGAUGGUGUCCGCGAAAAGUGAUGGAGAAAACGAUUUUCUGAAUCUCUCGGUCUUGUCAUCGAACAGUAAAAAUCUGAACAAUUCUGCGAUCAUCUCUUCUGCUUCUGGAGCUGCAAACGGCGCUGCUGCCCAGGCGAAGAACAUGAAGUUUCCAAACAGCAGCAGCUUGUUAGCACCACGACAAAACAAGACCAAUGUAUCCAAGAAACAAGCAUCAAAAUCCCUCUCGCUUUCCAAGCUAGAGGCGGCCACCGCGCGGUACUACGAGCAUAAGAAGAAGAUUCUGAAGCAGUUGGCCGACGAAAAGCGGCAGCGCGCGUUAUCGUAAGGAAAAAUCCCCCCUCCCCAUAUCGCGACGAAGUUUCUGAUGCUGGAUUUCCGUACACAAGUGCGCGCUGCCUUGCUUUAAGGCAUCGCAGCCAGAUCCUCAGCCUAGGUAGGGGCGUUCGGAUCUAGUUGCUUAGCAUCACAAACGGCCGGCCCCUAGGCCCAGCAGCAUGCGAAAUCGCUUCCCUAAUGGCGCGGAAGCCUCUGCGCGUGUCUUCUUGCAAGACAGGCACGAUCUGUGGUCUCAAAUCAGCAACGCAAAUUUUCGGAAGCAUACCUUUUCGAUAUGGGGGGGACCUUUCCUCUCAAUACGCGUCGCGGACCAAGCCAAAGGCGGACAAAUGCAAGAACGAGGCGGAUAUCAACUGCAAAUAUGUCUGGGCCUGGAAGGUUGUAACUUGUGAGGCUGUCUUCGGAUUCCAAAAAAAUCUGUAUUGCAUGACCAGCAAGAGGAGGCGGCUUUGUGUUACGCUGGGAGGGCUUUUGUCAUGCAGUACACGCACCAGGAAGCCCUCUAGAAAUCUGUGAUGCUAGGUCAUGCAUUAAAGGCAUCACGAGUCAUGCAAAAUGUGCACCAGACCCACGUAUUUGCACUUGAUAGCAGAAUACGUGCAAGCGUACGGGCCGAAGGCCCGAACCGCGGCACGUUUCGCGCACCAGAUGCUGCGGUAUGAGAUUGGUGCACAACUCCCCCUGCUUCCCCUCAUUUGUGUAUGGCAUGAAUAGCAAUAGGAGUGCAUGACAAGUUCCUGGGCCUAGUGUAGUACUGUCCCAGCUUGUUCCGGAAUUUGUCAUGCAAACCGCGCCAUAAAGCACCCACCGGAUUUGGGAUUUCGCAUGACAAAUGAGGGGACGAGGGGGAAUUGUGCAAUCUCAUAUGCGGCGGAAGAUGCGGGAGCAUCGGGAGAACGCCGGGUACGAGCCGCAGAGUUUAUCAGACGCAAAUAUCUCAUCUGGAUGGGGAUGUCUGGAGAUGACUUGUGAUGCUGGUUGACGAAUCGCGAGGGUCGUGCCGCAAUUGACAGCCGGGCAUGGCAAGUUGCUGAGUUGGUAGAUGUAGUCUAAUAUUCUGCAUGAGAAACUGAAACUGCGUUUCAUCUUCCGCAUUUAUUACAGAAAUAAAACGAGGCUCUUGGGUUCUUCUAACGUGCAUGACAGGCUUCAGACUCAUGCAAGUAGCGUCAAAGAAAUGACAAACCUUGCAAGUUCUCCUCCAGACCCAGGUCGUAUUUGCAUUCCAUAGAGGCAAAGUGAGGAUGAGUGGGGCCUGCUGGAGGAACAGCGCGAGCGGCCGGAGAAGUUUGACAAUCCAGAUAAAAAAGCGCAAGACGAAGACGAACGGGACGACAGUCGAAAGUACCGGUUUUGGCCCAUAUGCAUUGCAAAUAUGUCUGGGUCUGGAGUCUUGUAAUGCUGCGAUGGGAAUAGUGAAUGCUCUGUAAUGCACAGCCAAGCAUGAGAAAUAUGUGCGCUACUUUGUGUUGCGUUUUUCGCAUGACAAACUGCGUUUUUGCAUGACAUGCAAAAGGGUCUCUUCUUGGACACGCAUCACAAACUUUAUGGUCAUGCCAGACAAGCAUGACAAAUCUCGGACUCAGACACUUUUGCACUUGACAGCCCAUCAAAUGGUGCGAAAUUCCCUAUGACGAGGAGGGGCCGGAGUGCGGGGAGCCGUUGGAAGGGUACAUACUUGCGCUGUAAGAACGAGCGAUACAAUGAUAACCUUCUUGCUCAAAAAAUAGACACUUCACUUUCUUAUUUUCCGACAGCGUCUCUGCUAUGUGCAUGAAUCAGUGUUGCUAGGAGUGCGGAUGGCAACGGGUCGUGGUGCGCAAGUUGUAGUACUUGAUCAACGAAAAAAAAUAUAGCUGGGAGCACCUGCCCUUGCCGCCGCCCGGCACGAAGAGACUCACCAACGACGAGCUGUAUCAGAUGUACCGCCGGUAUUACGCGGUAUUACAGUGAGAAAAGCCCCCACCCCAAAAGUUGCAAGAAUUUGUGAUGCGAACUUUCCAAAUGAAAUCUCGUUGCCAUGCAUAAAAGGAGUAUGAAUCUUUCUGAUGCAGAGUCUAGUCGUAUAUCGCAUCGCUUGCAUGACAAGCGCCGCUCUUGCUGGGAUCUUUUGCAAUGCAAAUUUUUGCUAUUCAUUAUUGGAAAUCUGUGAUGCUGAUAGAUGCAAGGGGGCGAAUGUUUCAUUUGGAAAGGUUUGCAAUACAAAUGCUCCCAAGUUCGGGGGUGGGGGCAUUUUUCAUUGUAAUACGCGGAGUGGCGAAUUCGCUACGCCAAGUACGGGGAGCGCAUGCUGCGACCGCCCGCCCGGCCCUGGGAGGAUCCGCAGCUGUACGACUGGGACUGGUAUGCAUUGCAAAUACGUCUGGGUCUGGAAGGAUGCUUGGUUCUUUGUCAUGCUUGUCUGGCAUGACUGAAGAGUUUGCGAUGCGUGUCCCACAAGCAAGAGACCCUUUUGCUUGGCGUGCAGCAACGCAGUUUGUAAUGCGGAAAGCGCAACAGUAAUCCGCGCAAAUAUUUCUCAUGCUUGACUGUGCGUUACAGAUCAUUCACUAUUCACAGCCCAGCAUUACAAGUUUCCAGACCCAGACGUAAUUGCGUUGGAUAAUUGGCGCACAUUUUUCGAGCACGACGACGUCAACGAGUUGGAGUGUUUCAAGUUGGAAUUUGAAGACGAGUUCAAAAUGCCCGCAGGCUUGAUCUAUGCAUUGCAAAUAUGUCUGGGUCUGGAAGAAUGAAGCCUGUCAUGCGAAAGCUGGAUCACGAGAAAGUCUGUGUUGCAUGAACGCCAACAGUUACCCAAUUCUCGCUAGGAAAAAGGGGAAUUUCUCAUGCGGAAGAGGCAUGAGGAGAGUCUGAAAAAAUCUGUGAUGCUUCUGUCUGCAUUACAGACCAUGAGUGUGGUCCGCGAGAUGCAUGACAAAUCUUGCAACUUUCCAGACCCAGACACUUUUGCAGUUGAUAUGAUCCCCGAGCGUCGGACCUGGCUGGAACGGAAGGUGAUGGAGAUGGACUAUCACACAGGAGAAAAAAGCAAGCAUGGCGCAUUUGUAAUGCGAGAAUGAUAGAAGGUAUCAUUUUUACCGUGUGGCGUUUUGAAUAUGCAGGAAAAAGUUUGCUGUGUUUUAGAAGUUUUUAUUUCUGCCCUUUUACAGACGUGAUACGCGACCUGUUUUGCUUUUCCCUGGCAUAUGCAGGACGCGGAGAAAAUGGAGGAGGACCACCGGAACGCUAUGGCGGUCCAGGAAGAAGCUUCCAAGUGGAUGCGUGACGCGUGUAUGCGCAAAGACUUGGCAAUGAUCCGGAUUUUGUCCGGAUACCCCCUGCCGAUCAUGGGCGCCGACAAGGGCUUCGACGUUUGGGGCAUAUGAUAGAUUGCAAAAAUGUAUGGGUCUGGAAGAUUGGAACUUGUAUUGCUACCUUUGGACUCUACACAAAAUCUGUAUUGCAUGAACAGCAAAAGAGGUGUAGUUUGUGCUACGCGGAGAGGGCAUUUCUCAUGCGGUAUGAGCAGCAGAAAGCCCUCGCAAAAUGUCUGAAGAUGCUAGGGCAUGCAUCACAGACCUCAUGUGGCAUGCAAAAUAUGCAUGCCAAACUCCUGCACUCUUCCAGACCCAGACCUUUUUGCGAUCCACAGGGCAGAACCCAGUACAACGACACGCCGAUUCACGUGCUGCUGAACGACAACUGGGGGCACGCCUGCUGCGUCGCGAAAACCGGGCCGGACGGGGUGAAAGAUACCAUGUUUAAGAAGGACAAGUACUGGGAUUUGUUUGCCUCCGCGACACGGGAGCGCAAGUGGAAUAACAACCCGAAAUGCAAUUACACGAGCAAAACCCUCCCCGAGUACCUGUGCGUCAAGGAAUUGCUGAAGUGCAACCGCUAUGCAUUGCAAAAGUAUGAUCGUACUCGUACUAGUAUUUGCAGUACGGGUGGAAUGACAGAGUCGGUUUCUUAUUCAUAUUCAGCGUUAUUUCCCUGUGGAAAAAUUUGUGAUGCUAUUUCUACUUGUUCAGUGCGAAACUUUUUGCAAUGCAUACGCAAUACCAUAUGGUGAAUGACGUCGACGCCUGCGGGCGAACGAUUUUGCACGUGUGCGCCCUGCGGGAGAUGGAAAAGGAGUCCGACCUGCGUACCUGCUGGCUGAUCGCCACCGCUAAGCGGUUUCGGUCGCUUUUGAAGAAGGACAAACUGGGCAAGCGCGCGCACGACUACUUCUGGGAGCACGGGUGCUACGACGGCUAUGUGAUGCUGAAAAGGUUGGCUUACCAGAAGGACUGGGGCCACCGGAUUCUGUGGCCGGACGAGGAUGAGGACGUCGGAAACGAAGAGAAAUUCGACCUGUACUUCAAGACCCAGGAAGAGCGGGUGGCGCUGGGGUUGGCGGUGCGGAAAGACGACGGUUAUCAUGAUUUUUCCGCUGCUGCCCCCCAAGUCGAGGACGACAAAGGGUUAAUAGAAGAAAAUGACGACGAAAAGUUUCAGGACUUUGACAUUGACCGGUCCCGAGCGAAAGAAGCGAAAAGGAUUGAAAGACGGAUAUCCCGUGCAAAAACAUUCCCACCCCAUAGGUGUCAUGCAAUUCUGCAUGCAAAGAAGGUUUCUCAUGCGGAGCUCUAUGAGAAAGAGAAGCAUUUUCUAUUCGUGUUUUGAAAUUUGUGAUGCUAGGAUCAGCAUGCUAUGCUAGAUCUGUGAUGCUUCUGAACUAGCUAAACAGAAUUACACUACGAGGACAAACCUGUCAUGCCAAACAACGAAAGCUACUUGAUUUGUCUAGUAGAUUUUCCCAUCUUGGCUCUGGUGUUGGGACGUUUUUAAUCAGGAUAACGGAGGCAGCGGAAGGAACGGAGCGAGAAAGCGAAAGAGGAAAGAAAGAAGAAAAGUAACAAGUACCAGGAGGUGCGGGGGGAAAUGAUCAAGAAAGUCGUCGAUCCGAACUUGAUUAAUGUCCGGGAGCGCUGGCGGGCGAAAUCCAAGGAGUGGAAUCUGUCCGCGAAAGUGCCGACGCGGCACGUAUGGAUUGCAAAUAUGCCUGGGUCUGGAAGGACGUAACUUGUGAUGCUGCAUUUGGAUUCGUCCAAAAAAAUCUGUAUUGCAUGAGCAGCAAGAGAAGUCCAGUCUGUUUUACGCGGAGAGGGGAUUUCUCAUGCGGAAUAGGCAUCAGGAAGGCCUCUAGAAAUAUGUGAUGCUAGAUCAUGCAUUGCAGGCCUCAUGGGUCAUGGAAAACCUGCGUGACAAAUCUCGCAGUCUUCCAGACCCAGACAUAUUUGCAAUGCAUAGCACGACAAGGUUUGCAAUCCCGCGGUCGAGCAGCUGUAUAGAAAGCCGUAUCCGACCUUGUUGGAAUCCUGGUCUACCACGAAUCCCCGGACAAAGGAAAAGAUAAAAUCCGACGUGGUGGACCUCCGGACGGAGAAGUUGAUCCCGGAUAACGCACUCCGGGAAAAACUUUUGAGUUACCACGAAGAGCAGCGGGAGAAAUAUGAAAAGCGAAAAGAAGAGAAGAUCAAAUCCUUAACCAAGCCCAGGACUCUGCGGGAAAGAAUGGAGGGCCGGCAGAUUUUGACCAUCUUGCCGAAACGGGAUAAACAGAGGAUCCGGAUCAAGAAUAUGAGUUGCUCAAACAUUACAAUCUCAAACGUUGCAAUAGGGUCUGGAUUUUGUGUUGCACGAUGAGCAUAACUACAGACUCGCACAGCCUUCCAUCUUUUGCAAUACAAAUUUCGCCAGAUUGUUGUGGGGUUUGUCGCUCCGGAAAUUGUCAUGCGCAAUCCUAUGAGAGAUGGCUAGGUCAUGCACUCUUGCAUCAGAGGUUUCCAUAUUCUAUUGCAACGUUUGAGAUCAUUGUAACACCUGAGCGGGUUAUAAAGAACGCGAAGAACUUGGACGCGAAGGUGAGUGCUGUGUUGCAACUUGCGGAGAGGGAGGACAUCAACAUCUUAAAGUGGGCGAUCAACGACUUUGCGAAGAGGGCCUUGAAAAAACCGCCCCCAUUCCCGGAAAAUAAACCUAAAGGGUUUGAGGAGGGAUUGCAGCAUCUUGACUGGUUGAAAAACAAAGGUGGGGAGAAGAUUUUACGCGAUGCGCAUUUGAAGGAAAUGAAUAACGGGUUGGGAGCAGGUCCAAGUUUGGAUAGCGAGGACAAGUACUUGAAGGUUUUAGCGGAGUACUGCGGCAAGUUUGAUUUGCUGAAGCAGCAGGAUUUGCUGCAGGGUUUGGAACUCGAGCAGGUAAGGGCGGAAGAAGAACGGGAAAUCGAAAUGAAAAAAGUGCCCGAAAUUCUCAAUUUGGAGUCGAGCGACAAGCGCCGGCGAGAUGAAAACGAUGUGGAGAUGGUGGAUGUGCGGGUUACUAGUAGUGCGGCUGCCUCCUGUGCGGCCGGAACAGCAGCGAUUUCUUCCGCCGCCUACAUGAUCUCCUCUUCCGAAGCCGCGUCCUCGGCAAAGAAAACCAUGAAGACGUCGGAAGAAGCCCUAUCCUGUGUAAAAACGUCCCCACCCCAGAGUUGUCACGCAAAUCUGCAUGCUGUUCUCCGAUGAGACGCAUUCUCUGGUCGUGUUUUGGAAUUUGUAAUGCGCCAACCAGCAUGGUAUAAUAGAUGUGUGAUGCUGCUAAACUACCUCAAACAGCACUACACUCCGAGUCCAAACUUGUCAUGCAAAACAGCCAAAACUUGUGGACUUGUCUAGCCGAUUGUUCCCCAUCUUGACUAUGGGUUGGGGACGUUUUUCCAUAGGAUAAGCCCAGAACGAGGUGCCAGCUGGUGCACCAGAACCUGCGACCAUUGUCGAUUUGGACAACAUCGAGAUCGAGGUGGAGGUAUCCUGUGCGAAAGUAUCGUACUCGUACUAAUUGCGUUUUUGCAUUACAAAUUUUUUUCUUAAGGUAAAUCCGCAUGACAAAUUUCAUUUCUCGUGCUGGGGGAAUUUGUAAUGCAUUUAUACGAGUGCGAUGCUUUUGCGAUGUAUAAGAGGUGACGGGCGUGAAACCAGCUCCGAUCGAUUUGACAAAAAACGUGGAAAUGAUGGAUGUUGAUGAACAAGUGCAGCCCUCUACUGCAAGCAAGUUACCAGAGACGUCUGGUGUUGCUCUGCAGCAAGACAAAACCACGUCCACUUCAUCUAAGCGACCUUUCACGAACUUCAAGUCAGCGUUUGCGCCGGAGAAGGAGAUUCUUACCCCCCAGCAACUGAUCCAGCACCGGGUGGACAUGCUGAACCAAAAACGGGUGCAGUUUGAAAACUACCAAAUGCAAAAAUGUCUGGAUCUGGAAGAAUGCAAGACUUGUCUUGCUUGGCUAGCAUGACUCUCAAGCGUGUCAUGCACGUUACCCAAGAGCCUCGCUUUUCUGUCAUGCGGAGACGCAGUCUGCCGUGCAAAAUAGGCUACACCGACCACCUCAGAAACUUGUCAUGCUGGAACGGCAAUUGCGGUACACCAAUCAUUCGCCGACCAGCAUCACAAGUUUCCAGACCCAGACAUAUUUGCAUUUGAUAAAAACGGGGAGCAGUUCAUUUUCAAGGACUACUGCCGCGAGAACUGUUAUGGAACUGUCAGGAUCGAAAUUGACAAAAUCGAAAAAUUUGUGAUGCAUAAAAUGCAUGACGCGAAACACGUGUGUUGCAGAGCAGGCAAGUGAGACCGAUUGUAAGCCUGUUUGGGGUUAUAGCUCGAGCUGCUAAAGCAGCAUGAGAGAAUCAGUCUUCUUUGCCGAAACAGCAUUACAAACUGGAUUUAGGCACCACCUGAAUUUAUUUGUCAUGCGCCACUUAGAAACUGGGUUCGAACUGUAAUCCAUUCUAUGCAUGACAAAUCAUUUUGAUUUUGUCAAUUUCGAUUCUGACACUUCCAUACCUGUUUCCUCACACCCUACGUGGACACGAAACUGCGGACGUUUUUGACCAACAAGUACUUUAUCAAGAAUUUGAAGUAUUGCGACCACGAGACGCACCCCCUGAUGCAGAAGAACUUGAAGAAAGAAGACCGGGGGUUAAACAACCCGCAAAUCGCGGAAGUGCUCGCCUACAUUGACACCGGAAUGGUCGAUCCGCGGUCGAUAUGGAUGGGAAAAGUAUCAGUAACUCGUGCUAGUAAAAUGAAUUGCAGCCUUGCAUUACAAAUCUCUCAGGCUAAGAAAAUCAGCAUCACAAAUUUAAGUUUUUGAAAAUGCUGAGCAAGUUUGUCAUGCGAUUUCUACUUACUAGUAAGAUACUUUUCGACACACGUCGUGAUAGUCGACGGAGCAAAUUGAGCGGGACCGGCAAUAUCACUUGCGACGGUUACGGGAAAAGAAGGAGAGGAUUGAAAACGGGCCGAAGCAUGACGUGCGGUCGGUGAAAAACCUUGUGCAGGAGCAGAACCGGAAAUUGCAGAACAACAUAUCAUUUGUAAAACCUUCCCACCCCAGAGUUGUCAUGCAAAUUUGCAAUAGCAGGAACAUUUGUAAUGCGCAUCGCCAGGAGAGGCAUUUCUAGUCGUGUUUUGGUAUUUGUAAUGCUGCAAGCAAGAAAAGCAGAUGGAUUUCUGAUGCGGCUGGCCUUGCUAAUCUGACCUACACUACGGGCUGCAACUUGUAUUGCGUGACCCCCAAAAGUUCUAGGCUUGUGUUGCGAAGUUCCCAUCUUGACUUUGGGGGGCGGAUGUUUUUACUCAGGACACAACAUCACGACCCUCGUCCUCGCUCACAAGAAGAUGAUGCAGGGCUACAUUCCACCCAUAUGGAUUGCAAAAGUGUCUGGGUCUGGAAGGAUGCGAACUUGUGAUGCAUGUUGCUAAUCAUGCAAAAAUCUGUGUUGCGUGACUUGCAAAAGCUGUCCAUUUCUGGCCAUGCUGAGAGAGCAUUUCUUCUCAUGCACAAUAGGCAUCACCAAGGGGUUGCAGAACCUGUGACGCCAUGCCCUGCAUUACAGAUUUGGCGGAGCUAGGAAAAACUGCAUGACAAAUCUCGGAAUCUUCCAGACCCAGACAUAUUUGCAUUUGAUAACCCAUCACCAUGAUCAACAUGUCAGCGUACGACCGGAUUUGGUAUUACACCAUGCUGGAGAAGGGGCAAGCGAUGGUGCGCGUCAAGCAGCGAGACCAGUGGCGGCAGUACCGGAAGAACCAGAUCUACGCCCUGGAAAACGGGUUGCCGCACCCGAACAAGGUACCGCUAAAGGAUUGCGACCACCCGCUGAAGAAAAAAGAGAAGGACCACGUUAUGACCUGCUCAAACGUUACAAUCUCAAGCGUUACAAUAGAAUUUGGAUUUAUUUGUGUUGCAUGACGAGCAUGGCACACUCGGACAACAUUCCAGUUUCUCCAAUACAAAUUUCGCCAGAUUGUAGUGCGGCUUGGGACUCCGGAACUUGUCAUGCGCCAUCCUAUGAGAGUUGGCUACAUAUUAAUGCACCUCUUGCAUCACAGAUUUCGAUAUUCUAUUGUAACGUUUGAGAUUGUAACAGCUGAGCACGUUAUACACGUGAUACCAUUAAGGAACGGAAAAGUCAGUAGCUCGAAGAAGAGCAGCAAAGCGGGGACGAGCAGGUCUAGUACUUCUUUGGGAGCAGCUGGCGAUGUCGUGAUGAAAGACGCCAUGGAUGUUGAUGUUGCGCAGUCGCCGGACGAGAUGAAAAGUGCCACUGCUGGUGCGGGCAAGAAAAACGGGAAAGCGAGCGGCGAUAGCGGGAAAGUAGAGAAGACUGUGAUAAAGCCCAUGAAAAGUAAAGCGGAAAUAAACAGUAAGACGGAAAAGACGGCGAUGCUGCCACCGAAACUCCCGCCGGUCAAGGGCACGGCAAUGAAAAAGGAUGGCAAAAAGGAGCAGGACCACGUCGUGAGCACCUCUUCUACUGCGGCCAAAAAAUCCGCGACGCAAGAGAGUGCAGCAAAGGCGUCCAACAAGAGAAAGAAAGAAACGAAAUGAGCCGGGUUCCUGCUCGGGGGGUGGAAAAAAGUACUACGCGGCUUUCCUUUAUUUGUGUUGUUAUUUUCUGUCGUGAAGGUGAAAGUAUCUUCUGGAUUCGUGUUGUAACGGUAAAAGCGGAACAGCUGCGUAAUGCCUUAAAAUGCAAACCAAAAAACUCUUUCCAAGAAAUUGUUGAGGACUUUUUACCCAUUUUAGAUUUUGUUUGUGAUGCUAGCUCAUAGAAGAUUUUUUGGACCUUCUGUCAUUCCGACAAAAGUAAGAUGCAAUCCGCCAGUGAACCUGGUUGCCACCACUAUUGAUGAAAGUCAAGUUUUUUUAUCUGCUACAUUUUGCAAGGAUAGAAGUAUUUUCGCUCAAUUCGAAACUGGCUUGAAAUGUUGAUGAAUUUAUCGAAGUUUCCUUUUUUUUGAAUUUUUCAGCUGUGUGAUCACACAGGAAAUAACAAGUGGACUUUUUCCCAUGAAUAUGUCGACGUAAACACGCACAGGAUUAAUACGGGUUCCCAGAAACUACAACUACGGGCUAUAGUAGAAUCACUGUUUUUUUCCCACAUUCACAACUGCAGAAUAGAUUCUACUAUGAUACGUGCUACAUUUUGCUCCGAUGGAUUUACAUGGACAUCAUCUAUCAUGCGCUUUUGGACGUUUCACACCAAAUAACACGACAAUGAGAAGGUCGAGUUAGAGAAAGAAAGAGACCAUCGCACCUGUACUCGUAAUAUGAUGACGAAAUUAAUAUACUGUUUGACAAUAUUAAAUGCAUGUGACUCAUCAUAAAUACAACUACAAGAGCAACUCGAAUUCCCACAUUGACAUCGAAAAAAACACAAAAGAAUCCAAAUCCGAGUCUCUCGCGGCCUCCAGCUGUCGAAAGGAAAAAUAAAUGGUC